AAGGAGCGCGUCUUCGUCUAAUCUGUCUUUCCUGUCCAAUGUCCCACCGAGUAGGCACGGCCACGUGCAUACAGUAGCUGUUUUUGUUAAUUGUCUUCAAACGUCCAGCUCUUCGUGUUUCACUGAAACACACCACAGCAGCAUCAUGGUGAAGCUAGCAAAGGCAGCAAAUAAUCAAGCAAAUCAGAAGAAAAAGGCUCCUCCGCCCCCUAAAGAAGUGGAGGAGGAAUCUAGUGAAGAGGACAGCAGUGAUGAGGAAGAGGAGGCCCCUCCCCCCAAAGUGGUGAAGAAAGCCACACCAGCUAAAGCCACCCCGGUUGUUAAAAACGGUACUGCUGCCAAAAAAGCAGAAAGUGAGGAUGACGAUGAUGACGACGAUGAUUCUGAGGAGUCCUCUGAAGAGGAAGCUCCCCCACCAAAGAAGACCCCUGCAAAGGCAACACCCGCUAAAGCUGCACCAGCCAAGGCAGCCCCUGCAGAGGAGUCCGAUGAUGAUGAUGAAGAUGAUGAUGGUAAAGAUGCCCCCGUCACACCUGGAAAGAGGAAGGCAGAGGGCAAGAAAGACACGCCACCUGCCAAGAAAGCAAAGGCAGAUGGAGAAGGGUUCUGUCUAUUUGUUGGAAACCUGAACUCCACCAAAGACUUUGAUGAGAUCAAAUCAUCACUGAGAAAGUUCUUCUCCAAGAACGACCUUGAGGUCGCCGAUGUCCGGUUAGGAGGAUCAAAGAAGUUUGGUUAUGUUGACUUUGGAUCUGAAGAGGACCUGCAGAAGGCACUGGAGCUCAACGGCAAGAAGGUCAUGGGUCAGGAGGUGAAGCUGGACAGAGCCCGUAGCAAAGACACCUCACAGGAGGGCAAGAAAGAGCGGGAUGCACGGACGCUGUUUGUCAAGAACCUUCCCUUCUCUGCGACCGUCGAUGACCUGAAAGAAGUCUUUGAGGAUGCCGUGGAGGUCAGGUUACCUCCAGGCCAGAACGGCUCAAACAGAGGCAUUGCCUACAUCGAGUUCAAAACUGAGGCUGAAGCAGAGAAGAUGCUGGAGGAGGCCCAGGGAGCUGACGUACAGGGAAGGUCCAUAAUGAUCGACUUUGUUGGAGAAAAGAGCCAGAAAGGAGCCAAAGUGUCAGCAGCAGCACCCGUCAAUAAAACGCUGGUAGUAAAUAAUCUUGCAUUCAGUGCUACUGAGGAAGUGUUACAAUCCACAUUUGAGAAGGCUGUCUCUAUAAGGAUUCCACAGAAAGAUGGCAGGCCUAAAGGUUUUGCGUUCAUUGAGUUUGACACCACAGAUGAUGCUAAGGAAGCUCUGGAAAACCUCAACAACGCAGACAUCGAAGGCCGGUCAAUCCGACUGGAGUACAGCCAGAACAGCGGUGGAAGAGAUGGCGGCAGGGGAAACGCAGGUCCAACAAAAACCCUCUUUGUCAAGGGGCUGUCUGAGGACACUACCGAUCAGACCCUUAAGGAAUCCUUUGAGGGUGCUGUUGCAGCCAGGAUAGUCACAGACAGAGACACAGGGUCCUCAAAAGGCUUUGGCUUCGUGGACUUCGACAACGAGGAUGACUGCAAAGCAGCUAAGGAGGCAAUGGAGGACGGCGAGAUCGAUGGCAGCAAGGUGACCCUGGACUACGCCAAGCCUAAGGGCGAGGGCGGCUUCCGUGGGGGCCGCGGUGGUGGCUUCGGAGGCGGCUUCGGCGGCCGUGGCGGCGGCGGCAGAGGAGGCCGGGGCGGCUUCGGCGGUCGCGGCGGCUUCGGCGGCAGAGGAGGAGGAAGAGGCGGUCCUCGUGGAGGUGGACGCGGACGUGGCGGUUUUGGAGGUGGAAGAGGUGGAGGAUUUGGAGCCAAACCCCAGGGGAAGAAAAUCAAGUUCGACGACUAAAGCCUUAGUCUAUUUUAUUUUUUGAAUGGACUCUGGUUUCAUCACUUUUCAGAGCUUUUGGACAUUCCAGAAAGCGUCAUUGGUAUAUAUUUAACUGUUAAUGGGCAUUUUAGCCCUUUAUUUAGACCCCUCAAACCUUCCACAUCCUUCUGUGCCAGAAUGGUACUUUGACCUUUUCAGCUUAAGUGCUACGUGUGAGUAAUGAAUGUCCCGAAUGCAAACCUGCACCUCUUGCCCUUGACAGCUUACUUGCUUUUCUGAAGGAGAAAAAUGGAAUGGGUCUGGCAAACAAGUUUGCUGUGAAAAUAUGCUCGUCUUGUCAGAUACAUUGUGUAAAUUUCAACAGUUUGUAUGAUUAAUUUUACCUUUUGUAAAAAAAAAAAAAUACGAAAUACACCUGUAUCCAUAUGGUUUUUGUUUUUAUUUUGUUUGUCAUUUAGUUUGCUUUAGAUGCCAAGUUUUACUGUAAUGUGCAAAGCAUAUUUUGAUAGAUUUGAACCCAUUCUCUAAAGAGCUGGGUGUUAAGAAUUACGGCAAAUGUUUGUCAUGUUUGUUCGGUAGGGCACAGUCAAUGUUUGAGUUCAGGAUGGAAGACCUCUAAUCUAUGUAACAUAAAAUAUUUGUAGUGCAUUGACUAAUUUUUCUCCCAUCUUUCAAGAUUUUCACGUGAUUCAAUAAAACCUUGUAGGUGGUGAUUUUUAAA